AUGUUGAGGUCGGAGAGAAUUAGGAAUUCGAAUGGUUUGAAAUCGGCGUUUGUAGAUUCCAACAACACCGGUAACAGCGGCAGCAGCGGCGGCGAUGACGAAUCUGAAGCCUUCUUCUCGGCACUUAUGGAUCUGAAUCUACCGGACGACCGGCCUCUAUCAUACCAGACCGCUGUUAGUGGCGGCGGCGGCUCUAUCGUCGGCUCUUAUUCAGUCGAUGCUAAUUCCACUUUUCUUACUACCUCAGCUCUUGUUAGGCAAACCAGCUCCCCUGCUCGAUUUAGUGUAAUGGGAGAAGGAGGAAACUACAAAGAUGGCAUGAGCACCCACUUGAACUUCUCCUCUCCAAGCAUGCAUGCAAACCAAAACAUGGGAAUCCAUAAUCUCGAAAAUGGGCACUUUAAUGGUAAUAAUUCAAACGGGCGAGAAUUUGGUGGUGCUUUCCCACAUGACUCGUGGAAUGAUUCCUCUCUCGGCAACAGCUUGAAAAGGAAUCGAUACCGUGAAAUGAGGGUGUUUUCGGAUUUCGAUAAUCGUAAAACUGGGGAAAGUAGAAAAAGUUCGUCUGGAUUAGUUCACCGUUUGAGCUUGCCCAAAUCAGCAGAAGCCGAGAACCUAUUGCAAUUUCAGCCCGAGACGGUGCCCUGUCAAGUUCGUGCCAAAAGAGGUUGCGCCACUCAUCCGAGAAGUAUAGCCGAAAGGAUGAGGCGGACUAGGAUUAGUGAAAAGAUGAAGAAGCUGCAAGAUCUUUUUCCAAAUAUGGACAAGCAAACAAGCACAGCUGAUAUGUUGGACUUGGCCGUUGGGUACAUUAAAGACCUCCAAAAUCAAGUCCAGACGCUGACGGACAAGAAGGCGAAGUGCAUUUGUUCGAGUAAACCUCAUAAGGAUUAG